GGGAAUGUUGGCACGCAAUCAAAACGGAGAGAAGGAAUCUCUUCUUCGAGUUGGUUGAUAGACAAAUCUCUGUUUAUUUUUAAUGUCGCAGUUUUUGUUGAUUUCUGCAAACUGAACGUCUGCUAAAUAUUUUCGUGAACCCGAAUGCGUGUCCUUCGAACGCUGACCUGACCUAUUUUCCCGCGUGCACUUCGACCUAGCUUUGAUGGCAAAGACGUGUGGGGUGUGAAAGGUCAUGCACGCCCGCCCGCUCUGCCCAUGUUUCCCUCAACCCACACGGAGGUUAGCGUGCGGAUGGGGAGGGGCGUUUUAUUUUUAGAAACUCCUUCCCUAGUCCAGGCCGGAAGUGGCAGGGGAGGGGGUGAGGCAGUAACCAAGAAACGUAGAGGCGGGGUGAAGGGGAGGCACAUGGCGGGGGGACUCCAGCACACGACGUACACACCAAAGCGGGUCAGCGGCCAGGGGGGGCUGACCUUGAGAGGCAGGCUAUCCCUCCCUCCCACACACACACCUUCCUUCCCGCCCCACCUCGGGGGGUUGUUUGUGAGCGGCCAGCCGACAGGCCAUGGCGGCCAUCUCUACCUCCAAUCAACUGCUGAGUUCGUUUCUUCGAUUUUGUUUACCGAGUUAUUUUUACUCAAGCCCUCAAAGCUCGUUAAGCUGAGGAGGAGGAGGAGGCAGUGACGUCAGUCCCAGAAGAAGUGUUUGUGUGUCUGUUGGUGGGGAAAGUGUUGCUAUCCUCCGAGGUGUUUGUGUGUGGAAGACGCUCAUGUUGCCUGACUUUAUAACGGACUCGUGUGUCGACAGUCGCCUUUGUGAAGUCACCAGCACGCGAAUCUUAUCGGCUGAGCUCUCCACACUGACCUACUUUGCCCGCCAAGCAGAACAGCCCAAUGGGUAAUUGGGUCGCGCGCUGGCCUACUUGAGGGCCGCGGUGUUAAAGUGCGUGGAGUUGUUGUUCCGUGUGGAGCGUGGGGCGUGCGCCGUGUGUGUGUGUGCGAGCGAGCGACGCUCGGACAGUGGAGAGCGGUCCGCCGUGACUACCACCGACACACCAACGGACGUGUAGUCCACCCUCCCUGCCGGCCUGGCCACGCACACCAUUCAGUAGUGACGGCCAGGGUGAGGCUGUGGUACAGGACGGACGGCUGGCUGGCAGGACGAGUACCUACCUACCCUGUGGAUAACGGCGGAGGUCAGAGCGUCGUAAAGUGCACUAACCGAUGCUUUCGCCAAGGAGGUGGCAGUAGCGAUGUGGAUCCGGCGCUGCUCUUGAUGACCGCACGGCAAGAUGAACCAGAACAUGGGUACCUCCCCUCGUGGCAAUGACCACCCCACCGCCGGCCUGCGCCCCCCCGACACGCACGCAGCAGUAACAACGGCGGUGGAUACGGGUACGUAUGGUACGUGGAUCCGGUUCCGUAUACCCCAGGAGCAGCAAGCGGCUGCGAGCUUUGUGGGUCCCCCCCACUUCUCCAUGUUCGACCAGAGCACCCACCCCAGUCAGAGCCGCAAGGAGGGAGCGGGGUCACUGUAUGAGACACACGGCAGUUUGUACGGGUCGCUGCACAGUCCUUCGGGGUUACGAGAACAUGGCGCCUCUCCCCCGCCCCCACCCCGGGUGUACAAACCGUGUGUCGUCUGUAACGACAAGUCUUCGGGGUACCACUAUGGCGUCAGCUCGUGCGAAGGCUGUAAGGGAUUCUUUCGGCGAAGUGUGCAAAAGAACAUGCAGUACACGUGCCACAAGGACAAGAACUGCGCCAUCAACAAAGUCACGCGCAACCGCUGCCAGUACUGCCGCCUGCAGAAGUGUCUGGCCAUGGGCAUGUCCAAAGAAGCUGUGCGCAACGACCGGAACAAGAAGCGGAAGCACAAGCCGGAGAGUACGAGCGGGCUGACGGAGGAGCUGACGGAGGACGAGCAGAUGUUGAUCCAAGACAUCCUGGAGGCUCAUCGGGACACGCUACCCGCCAAUGAGAACGGCGCUAACCUGCCGCUAAACACGGAGAAGCCCGGGGACUGCACCAAGUUGGGAUUCUUAUGGGAGAAAGUGACCGAACUGUCCUCAGCUGGCAUAGUUAAAAUUGUGGACUUCGCCAAAAAGAUUCCUGGAUUUUUAUCAUUGUCUACCUCAGAUCAAAUCACUCUACUCAAGGCAGCAUGUCUAGAAAUUUUGAUACUGCGCAUUAGUUACCAGUACUGCGCGGACAAGGACAUGAUCCGCUUCUCCAGCGGCCUGUGGCUCAACCGCGAGAGUCUGCAGCAGGGAGGCUUCGGGCCGCUGGCGUCCACCAUCUUCGGCUUCGCGCAGUCGCUGAAAGCACUGGACACCGACGAGGCGGAGUUCGCCAUGUUGUCAGCCAUCUGUCUCAUCAGUGGAGAUCGCUCGGGGCUGAAGGACGUGGACAAGAUCGAGCAGAUGCAAGAGCCGAUGGUGGAGGCGCUGAAGCACUAUAUGCGGUCCCGAAGGCAGGACCAACCCAACGUCUUCGCCAAGCUGCUAAUGAAGGUGACGGACCUCCGGAGUAUCAGCGUGAAAGGUGCCGAGCGCGUGCUUCACCUGCGACUAGAGAUGACGGACGAGCUGCCUCCCCUCAUCAUCGAGAUGCUGGACAGAACGGAAAACGUUUGCAUCCCCUGACUUCCGCUUCCCCGUCUGUCGGACGCUGUCUACGUCACACAUGGCUCAGUGCCAACAGUCAGAAGCAAGACGCUGGACUUGGGAGGGAGCCCACGUCACAUCCGGCCGGACCACCCCGGGUGGUUGGCUUCAGUGCGGCUUGACCCGAACUCAUUGUUACUCAUGACAGGACGUGGUUUUACGCAGCCGAUGUGUCGGCGAUGGAGGGGUGGGGUGAAGGUGGUUGGGGAAAGGUACCGCAGACUGGUUGGUUGCCAUGGUCAAACGGCAAGUGCGCGCAUGCGCCAAAAAUCCUAUCCGGAGACCUCAGGAGCAGACGGCACUGACCAUCGACAAGGCCAGGAGCAGAAUGGUCAACCAACCACUGCACACAUCGGUACAGAAUGCGACAGUUUGUUUGACUACCGCGACCUUCCAGAGCAGCAUGCUGUUGUGUACAUACGAACAAUGACAAAUCAUAUUCCUGUGUUAACUAACCUCACUGGCGCCACAGUUACGGGUUCGUGGCCGCUGGGUUCAAAUGUCACUGCGCUAGUAAAACUCAGUUGUAAACUACCUUGCCACCUACCGCUGGGAUAUCAGCGAAACCAGGUAGGCUAUGGUUGUGGAACCGGGUACACGGUCAUGGGAAAAGGGCCUUGGGCUAUUUUCUUCUUUCUUUUUUUUUUUUUUUUUUUUUAUUCUGGCUACUCAAACAUGCCGCGGCUGAAUCCCGUUUAGGAUCUGAGAGAUGAGAAUGGAGGCCUAGUGUGUUGGUGUGCCACUCCUGCUUGGCAAUAAUACAUAAGCGCAGCUGCUGCAGCCUUUAUCAUCUAGUAACAGCUACUUGUAUGUAACAGCUACUUGUAGUAUGUAACAGCUACCCGUGGUACCUCUGUGCUGUGUGCAGCACACCAUGGCAUCUCAGCAGACUGGCGUUCUGCAAAAAAAAAAAAAAGGAAAGCCAUGAAAAUUUCCUUUUCAAGAUCUGGGCAGCUACUUCGUGGUACUAUUUAAUGUGAAACUAUUCUCUCUCUCGCUUUCUCGUGAAUGGCCCGGCCAGCUAGUGCAUGCGAGUUCAGUAGAGUAAUGAGACUAGGUGCAGUUUCAGUGUUUUUAAUUCUCAGGGAGACAACAAUGCAUCCUUACUCCACGUUAUGCACAACGGACGUAGGUGCGUAUUUCCAGUCGUUGCCUCCGGACAGAAAUGGCGGCGGCCAGGAGGGAAAGCGGCAGUAAACAGAUCUGGAGCGAACGUCCGCAACCCAUAAACCCCUCCUCCACCCCGACAAGCCCCACUCUCCUUCCCCUCCGCAUCCUCCAUACCGAUGUUGCGCACACCCCCAGCGUAAAUGUCACCAUCCAGCCAAUGCACCAUUUCCGGUUAUUUUUCAUGCAGUUCUCUUCCCUUGCGCCCUCCUCUCCUCCUCCCACCCUUACCUCUCCACCCGCAUUUUUCCACCCUUCCUUCCACCUGCUUUGCCCCUCCGCUGUGUGUGCGUGUGAGGAUGUGCGUCUCGCUCCGCUCCGUGUUUUGCGCACGUCACAGUUGGUGGGAGCGUGCGGAGGAGUGGGAGGAGCGGUCUGCGGCCUACAAACCACGCCUUUUCGCGGACCAAACGUGACAUGAGGGCGCUGUGACCUACGAACUUUGGCCAAUGCCUCCUUCCGCUGGUGCGCCGGGAGGGAGGUAUGGGGGAGGAGGCGGAUGCACGCACAGACAACGCACGCCCAACGUGCUUGUGUUUUCACCUCUUUCCCCCCUCGGGUUGGUUUGUUUGUUUGUGUGUGCGUGGGUUUGUUUUCUGAUAGACCCCUUACCCUGCCUGCUCUCCAGUUGGACGGUGAACUUAGAUGGUUGUGCAUUACGGUGUUUUGCGUUACAUAUUCACAGAGUUGUUGUUAUGUCUCCCCGUGGACUGCCGGGUCACACAGACAGGUAUUCACACCUUGCAGUCACGUGUGGCGAGGCCCCGGCAUCCUCCCACGUAAUUUAUUGCACUCAGCCUCGCUUGGUGUUCUAUGUUGACGAGCUGCUGAGUGCUACUCAGACUAUUUAUAGCCUCGAUGUGUAGGUACAGGCUGUCACAGGUAAAUGAUGUAUGCAAAGGUGUCGGGUUCAAAGAACCGUCGCACCUAUGUUGUGUACCUGCGCGUGCUGUCUCUUUGUUGAUGGCUGCAUAAUAAGAGUUUUAAGUUUACUUUCACACUUAUCAUCCUUUAAGCUUGUUUUACUGGUGUGAUCAUUAUUUGUCACGUUUGAGUGCCAUAUUGAGAGAGAGAGAGAGAGUGGAGAAAUAAAGUUUGUCCGGAUGUGAGGUGCGCGUGAGGACGCGUGCGUUGUGCGUGUAGUCGAUGUGUUCAGACAUGCAUGGAUUCCCGGUGCGCGUGCAGUCUUUCAAUGAAGUCUUUUUUCAACAAGUUUGUGCAAGUUUAUUGCUAAGUUGUGUGUGAGAGAGAGCACGUGUGUGCGUGUGGACAUGUUUAUGUUUGUGCGGGGCUGGAGUGCAUAGGAUGUGCGUAUCUCCUCUCCGUACAUAAAAGUGUACAUAAAGUCUACUGGGUGAGCGUGUUCUACGGAAAGUGCUAUGUGUGACACCGUUCAUGCAAUCCACUGCAGGGUAAGUACUGUUUUACAGUAUUAUAUGCUUAUUAGUCACCAGAUUAUAUUUUCACUUUAACAAACCACAAGCAUCAAAACAGUGUUACCUUUACAGAUUACAGACGACGCUUUCAUUUCAGCGCAAAUUACUACAAAAAUAAAUGUCGGGGAACAGAACUCGGAUAAAACCUAUAUUUCGCAUUGAAACCAUUAAGACUUGCACGAAUACUCCGGAGAUUGUCUUAGAACUUGUUGGACCACCACGCCAUGUCUGCGUCCUCCAUUUUGUGACGUCACCAGGUGACUUGUCAGGUGUUGGAGAGUGAUCCAUGAUCAAUUUGUGAACAGUGGUUCCGGGUGUCAGUGGAAUGAUCAGUGAAAGGUGUGGUAGAGGUUAAAUGCUUCGGUGUAGUCUGAUCUGGUAAUGUCUAACUUUCUUACAUUUCCUCUGGUGAAUUAUAAAUUUUCAAGGAAAUUAAAGAAAAAGAUUUUAAGCUAAAUUAGCCAAGGUUCCCAUGAUGCAUCUCAUUAAAAGAGAAGUACAUGAUAAAUAAUCUGCGAUCAAACUCAUUAACGUAAGUCACACACAUUCAUUUCUGUGAAAUUGUUACCCAAAGUAUUUAUUUUAUUAUUCAGUAGGCAGGCUUUGAUUGCAAGUAGUCGUUUAGUUCUUUCUUUCGUGGCUGAGAUGGUCUCUUUACAAUCGUCGAUCUCACCGAGACUGCAAGUGCCUUCAAUAACUGUUCAUCCCAUCCUGCUUCAUCAUCUGAGCCCAUGCUUUCCAUUGCCAUGGUCUUCACACAUGGCCUCCAUCCCACGAUUGUGACAAUCCGUCACCAUGUCAUCAAAGUAAAGGAUGUCUUUGAAAAAAUAAUUUCAGUUGCUUUGCCUCUGAUGUCGUCAGUAAAACCUUCUGGUAGCUGUUCAGGCAUUGUCGUAUUUGUUGCUGCUUGACUAUUAUUUUUAUUUGUUUGUACGGAUUCCAGUAAAUACCAUUGAGCUAGUUAACUAAGCUUAUAAAGCAGCGAUAAAUAAUGCUUAGUAACGCAAAGACAAAAGGAUCGGGUACGUGGUCGACACCCUGGUGUCAUGCAGAUAGGUUCUCUUCUCACACACUGACUAUCUCCUGUAUAUUUUGUGGUCAAGUUCAUGUUAUCAGAUAGUCCUAUUCGGACAUCUGCCUGUAUAAUUUACCUGUGAUAUGAAAGCACCAAACAGAAGAUUUUGGAACUUGUUAAAACGGAAACUACCCGGUGUAUCUCUGAUUGACCAGCGUGGAGAACAUGCUGGUGACGUGUGAGAGCGUCACUUAACGUCUGCUCACAGGCCAUGUUCUUCUGGCUAACCCAGUCAAAACAUUAAUUUCAAAUUUGGUAGCAAGCUAAGAGAGCAUAGAGUCGUCAUUACUUUGUUUUAAAUACCGUAGAUUUUUUUAAAAAAACGAAAGUCGCAUAUUCCUCGAUAUAUGACAUCAAUAGAAGACCCGACAAAUAGGAACGAACGUUUGGCAAGGCAUAAAUAUUGUAGACAGUUUGCAAAUAUUGGUCAAACCUUCCUCCCUCGUUGCACUUCUAACAAAAGACUUCUAAUGGAGCCUCGUGAGGUACUUCACACAUUUACAGCCACACUUUGCUGGAUUUUGUUUGCUCUCAUUUUUCUCAUCUCAAACGCCCACUUAAAUCAUGGUGGCGUAGCUUAGUUCUUAUGAAGGAUUUGCAACUUUAUAUUUAUUUAAAAAUAUUUUAUGAUUUUUUUUUUUUAGAGAUUUUUAUGUCCACGUUGAUGCCAAACUGAAGUUGAGGUUGACAGUCUGUUCUCUUAAAAGCUUUUUGUGACUGUUGCUUGUCGUGUAUCUCAUUUUUCCUUCAUAUUACUGGACUCCUCUGUUUAGUUUAACGCUUAAAAAAAACAAGUAUUGUUGAUUCAUUUAUUUUCCCGUGUCGAUUUUGCUUAUGCUUGGUGUCCUGGUUAGACUGGUCAUAAAGGGCUUCCAUCUACUUGUGAUUCUUGAGCUGUGUGCGGCGUCUGCACAUUUUAUUUGAUAUUAUCAUUAAUAAUAUUAUUAUUUCAUUUAAAUGUCUAUACUAGAGACUCAUUUGUUUCCGAUGUUCCAACUAGAGACUGCAGAAUUGCCCUGAAUGCGUAUUCCGGGCUGCAGGCGGCCGGUCCAUCUCUACCUCUUUCCAUAACCACAGCCACCUGGUUGUCCACUACAGCAUCUCUCAUGCCACAGAAAUACGCGAAAUGAAAACGUCGAAGGGAGACGGUUGUGGAAGGUUUGGGCUUGCUUUAGUCUUCUUGCAAUGCUCUUUUUUUUUCAAAUAGAAAUGAUCGGGAAAGAUGUCCCAGGGAGGUCCUGAGAGUUUCUUCAAUGGAGCCUGUCGGGGUGGCGGGGAGAAGGCUUUUUAUUCCAGACACCAGAGGAGCUGGACUCGUACAAACUAGUGUAACAGUGUGUGAAAAUGUAGGUGACAUGUUCAGCUUCAGCCCUGUCCUCUGUCCUCUCCCUACUUCAACUACCAUCCCUCCCUCUCGGCGGUCCUACGAGUACAUACACAUGCUAUUGAUGCUGUAGGAGACGAAGACACCAUCCCCGUUAAUCGCGAACUAUUACUUUUCGUCUUAUCAUCAUUACAGCCCGCAGCAGUGGUCCCCAGCGGCCUCGAGCUGCUUGUGAUAUUGCGGCACGCGCACCCCCCGGGCCACCUGAACAAUGGCCGCCUUCCAUUAACUCCCCCUCCUCCUCCACUCCCCCGCAUAUCACGUGUGCAAAACACGACUCGAGUGUUGGCCGCGUACAUUGUUCCUCCUGGUCAUUUCCACCGUCAUCACCAGCACCGAUGAUGAGGGAAUCAUGGGGUAGGGUGGGGGAGCUGGGCUCCGAGUUGUCUGCCUUGACGUAAGUGAUCUUGUCGACGUCCUGGCAAUCAAGUCCGGGCUGGCAUGCGCGAGGGGGGAAUGGAAUGCACGCCGAAUGUUCCAGCAUCUUCUAGUUGACCACGGCGUCGAGAUGUUGAAGGAAUGUUAUUUCAUGAAGCAGCCACAGGCGAAAUGCCGAGAUGGCGUGUCUGAAACCGAUGUCAACAAUAAACAUUCUUCUGAUAAUCACUUUCGAAGAUAGACAGAUGGGAAAGGAGUAGUGAGGGGGGAUUGUAUUGGGAGUAAUAAAGACAACAGAGAGACGUGGACGUUCUGUGCAUGAGAACACUCUAGUGAUUCUUGUUGGCUGACUGGCUAUCUCGUGGUCCAGGGCUCAGCGCCGACUGGAGGGGACGUGCGUCUGCUAACACCGAGAUAAGAUCGGCGGAUAGUCACGGUAAUGGCGGCUGAAAGGGCCGCGAGAUAAGUGGAGCCAGGAGCUGAUGUACUUGUCUACAGCACUGUCUUGAUAGCGUCACACGUUUCGUCAACGGCUUUACAAGUCGGGGAGUUUCUUUCAUCACUAAGAUAUCCGCUGCAUAAUACAACAUGAAGGCAGUGGUGGGCGUGCUUGCUCUCUCCCUCUCGUCUCAGACAGCAAACAACUCACACAGGGGUAGACAGAGAGGUCAACAAAAGGUUGCUCUGGUGGCGAACAUUACACCCAGGACAAAAGACCAACUGAUGAAGCCAUUUUGUUAGAUGAUCCAACAACACAUACAGAGUUGAAGACGCUCAAGUAGUCAUUCAAAUCUUUGAGGAUUGUUGUCAUGUUUUCAUUGCCAUCAUCAUGGUCACGAUCGUCUCAUUCAUUUUUAUAUCUUAUCUCGCCUGAUAUAUAAAUACAAACCAAAGGCUGAUGCUGAGACAAUCGGAAGUGUUUCUUGCUCAGUGUAUUAUUAUUAUUGUUAUUGAUCGUCGUGGUUGCAGGCUGUGUGCUCAUCUAUAUGAACUGCAGUCUAAUCUUUAUUUGGAAAUCUGUAUACGCACUCUUCGUUGUGUGUUUUCUCCAAUAGAACGAAAGAGCCAGUGAAACAAAUAUUAACAAUUAGAAACUUAUUAGUGCUAUCAAGACACUUUCUUAACUACUUUGUCAGAUAAAAAAAUGGCAAACCAGAAGCGAAAACAAAUCACAUGAUGGCAAUUUUUACUUUCAGCUGUGGAACCGCGUGCGUGGCCGUUUAAUGGCAACCUGUUUAUCCAAAGGAUUUCUUCACAUGUAGAAUUAAUUUCAAAAUAUUUGAUGAUGACCGUUAGACGCCGAACCUACAUCGUGAGGAUCGGCGAUCUUUACUAUGUUUGGAGGAUUCCUUCCUCGAGGUCCAGUUUCUGGAUCGAGGGUCUAAAGGUUCAUAAAUGUGUGAGAUCGCCGCUAGAAUAUCCACCCUGGACCUUACCCGAGAUUGUCCGGUCUGUGAUUGUUUGAGGGUCGCCAGGUCACCAACGGCCUUCAGUCUGUAUGUAUAUCAUUGUUUCAUGGCGACUCAUCUCUUCAUAGGUCACUGUUUGCAGACUCGAGGACUGAAACAGCCUAUACUGAUUUGUUAAACCUUAAAGUGCAAGAUGGUUUAGUUUUAAUUAUGGAUGUCAUAAGUGAAUGAGAAGAGAGCAUAAAGUCUUUGGCAUUUA